AUGGGUUCCAUUACAGCAGCUACAAAACCUCAUGUAGUUUGUGUAGCAUACCCACUUCAAGGUCACAUAAACCCAAUGAUCAAGCUAGCAAAACUCCUCCACCAUAAAGGGUUUCACGUAACUUUUGUCAACACAGAGUACAACCACAAACGCUUACUCAGGUCUAGAGGCCCCAACGCCCUCGAUGGCUUGCCUGACUUUCACUUCGAAACCAUUACCGAUGGGCUGCCACCGGUAGAUGCAGAUGUUAGCCAAGACGUUCCUUCUCUUUGUGACUCCACCUCAAAGCAUUCGCUAGUUCCACUUCGCAACCUCCUUUCCAAACUCAACGACACUUCGUCUUCGAUGUACCGACUGUGA